CAUACUCCCAACAAAAUAAUAAAAUAUUUAAAUUAUCAAAGCCCGAAUUUAAUUAAAUUAUUAUUGAUUAUUUACUUGAGGGCAAAGUUAAAAUAAUGCCUUGGCCGCUACAACGUAAACGUUUGAUGAAAGUUUAUUGAGACAAAAGGAUUAACAAUAAUUAAAGUUUCUCAUAACAUUAAACCUAUGAUGUCUCAUUAAAAUAACAAUAGAAUAGAUUAUUAUUAUUAUUAUUUCUCAUUAAAAUAACAAUAGAAAACAACAAUAAACAAUGGACAAACUCACGAUUAUUUCUGGAACAUUAUUCUUUGCAGCUGAUAUGUUUGCUAUUGUCAGUCUUGCAAUGCCAGAUUGGAUCAUUACAGAUGUAGGAGGAGAUACAAGACUUGGUUUGAUGUGGUCAUGUAUGACCUUGUACAAUAGACCUCAAAUAUGCUACAAGCCUGAUUUGAAACCCGAAUGGUGGAUGGCCUUAGUUUGCAUACUAGUUGGCUGUCUUUUGAUUUCUACAACAAUUAUUUUGUUGAUCAGUUCACAUUGGGACAGAAAUGCUAUCCCUUAUGCACGAUGGGUCGGAUUUACUGCGAUGGUAUUGUUUUGUUUGGCAGCAGUCAUAUUUCCCAUGGGAUUCCAUAUAGAUGAAAUAGGUGGACAACCAUAUCAGUUGCCCAAUUCUCAUCAAGUUGGCAUAUCCUAUAUCUUAUUUGUUCUAGCUUUGUGGAUUACUGUAAUUUCUGAGCUGUUUGCUGGCAAAGUGUGUUUACCACACUUUUAGCAUCUUCUGACUAAUUUUUUUUUCUUUUCUUUGCUUUUAAGUAUUUUGUGUAUUCCAUACGUUUAUCGGAGAGAUAUUCCAAGAUUUGAGGAGUUUUUGGAAAGAUUCAAAUUAUAAGUUGAGUUUUCUUCCUUUGAAGGUCUGUGUUCAAUUACUUUUUGAUAAUUUUGACUUUUUAUAAGUAAAUUUUGUAAAUAUGGCAAUUUUUAUACAAAGCUUAAAAUGUUGGUAACGUGUCUAACGACGAACAAGUGUUUUGAACUGUUAUCUGUACAAAUUUUUUUAAUAUUACUCAACAAUUACUGUUGAGUUGUGUAAAAUGUAUGUUAAUUACAUUAUAUCACAAUUUGAUUAGCUUAAAGAGAAAUUGUUCACUUAUUUCGCUAGUGAUUGUGAUACUACGUACUAAGGAUAUAUUAUAAGCCUUCCUAAAAUUAGAAGUAGAGAAUUACUGAAAUUCGAUGUAUUUGUUGAAAUCUUUCAUCAUAAGAUAUUAUAGCUAUAAGGAUAAU